AUGCGGCAGUGGACGACCCUCCUGGCGCUCGCCACCUCCGCCCUGCUUUCAUCAGCUGCCCCGAUCUCGACUGUGGGAGACUCGCUCACGGAGGAGACGUGGGACACGAACGUCGGCAAGGGCACUUGGCUCGUUGAGCAUUACUCCCCCUACUGCUCGCACUGCAAGGCAUUCGCGCCGAAAUGGCAGGAGCUCGUCGACACCUUCGGAGACGCCGCCGCCUCGCACGACUUCCACUUCGCCCAAGUCGACUGCGCCGCUAACGGCGACCUCUGCCACUCGCACGACGUCAAGUAUUACCCGUCGAUCUACCUGUACGAAGGCGGAACGUUCAAGCAGGAAUACGAGGGUCGGCGGACGCUGGAAGAGCUAGCCAAGUUCGUCGAGGAGCAUUACCCGGUCAAGGCGGAGAAGCUGGCGAAAGAGAAGGAGGAGCAGGAGCAGAGUGCGAAAGAAGGAACGGUCGAGGAGAAGUGGGACAAGGAGGAGGCGGAACUCGAUGCGCAGGUCGGAAUGGGCGAGCGGAAGAAGCCUUUGUCGGGCGAGCGGCGAGUCGCGGGCGCAGGAAAGGCGCGUCUGCCGACUGAGGAAGAGGAACAGAAGGCUGGCGGUCGGCCACCUCUCCCCGUGAUGCGGAUUGCUGGCGAUACAAAGGAGCAGGAGGAGGCCGAGGACUUGACGACGCAGGCUGAAGACCUCAAGCCUUUGCUCGAGGAGGCCGAGGCAGACGAGGCUGAGUACCGACCACCUCUGCUCGUCACCUCCGACGAUCCCGCCGACGCCGUCCCGACCCCUACCACCUCGACCCAAACUCCGCCCGCCUCGACCACGACAGCCGCCAAGUUCUCUCCUCCCGCCUUCGUUGCUCAGCGUCCCGCCUCGCCCGAGUCCAAGCGGAGCUACGACUGGCCGGCGAUCGACGGCACGGUUCUUACGCUCAAGGCGGACGAGGUCGGCUUCCUGAAGGAGCCUGACGCGCCGCCCGCUUUCGUCAAGUUCUACGCGCCGUGGUGCAGUCACUGCAAGCAGAUUGCGCCGAAGUGGAAAGACCUCGCCGCCGCCGUCGCACCCUCAGGUAUCCGCAUCUACGAGAUGGACUGCGACGCAAACGAGAACAAGAAGGCGUGCCGGAAGGAGGGCGUCAAGGCAUACCCGACUCUGCAAUUCUACAACAAAGGUGCUUCGGUCGAGUACAUGGGCAAGCGUUCCGUCGACGCCUUCCGCGACUUUGCGCUCAAGGCGAUGUCUGCGACGAGCAUCAAGCCUAUCGCGAACGAGUACGAGCUGCGGCGUGCUGCGAAGGAGGACGAAGUUUUCGUGCUGUUCUUGCACGCCUCCGACACGAAGAAGGAUGACAUGGACGUCGCGCUCGGUGCCGCCAAGUCACUCAUGGGCACUUCGCCUGUCUACAGCUCGACAUCGCCCGACCUCUUCUCCCUCUACUCCGUCCCGCACGACCAGCCGACCUUCAUCUCCUUCAAGGACCACUCGACCGAACCCUACGACACCUUCUCGCUUCCUCUCUCGACUCCAUCGCGCCCCCUACCCAUCCGCAAGCGCCUCGACAUGACGCGCUUCUGGCUUCGAGCGGCCAAACUUCCGACCGUCUCGGAGCUCAACGCCGCGACAUUCAAUGACCUCCUCCCAACCGAUGGCAACCCACCGCUCGUCGCGCUCGCCGUUCUCAGCAAGAAAGGCCUCGGCGACGAUUUUGACGCGACACUCCGGUCAUUCGAGCGAGUCGCGAAAGGCUGGGCGGAACGUAGGCGGAGUUUGUCGGCGGAAAAGAAAGGGAGGGAUGUCUUGUGGGCUUGGGUGGAUGGGGACAAGUGGGCUGGAUGGGUGAGGAGCAUGUAUGAUGUCAAGAUGGGUGCGAAGGAUGGACCGAGGCUAGUCGUGACCGAUCCCAAGGCGCUCAACUACUGGUCGACUACGCUCGCCGGCGAGCCGCUCGGCGUCGAUAGCUCGGCGGUGUACGAGCUGAUCGAGCGCGGCAUCUACACGGGUCGCGCCAAGGCAAACUCGUCUCGCCAGUUCCUCGAGCGCUUCGCUUUCUCGACCGUCGACCGUUUCACCUCGUUCUACAACUGGUCGACUUCGCAUCCUCUUCUCGCCCUCCUCGCCGUCGCCGCAUCAUUUGUCGUCAUCUGGCAGCUGCUCAAGAAGGCGAUCACGCCGCCGCCCGUCCCUUCGGUCCCAGGACCCGCGAGGGGAUGGAGCGCGAACGGGCCGAAGAGGGAGUGA